CAUUGGCUUGACACAUAUACUUAAGGAAUUAUUAUACACGCUAGCUGAACGCAGACUGCGGGAGCUCAUUGGACAUUCUUCGCGCCAAUUUUACCACCGUAGGACUUUAGCCACCAUAUUAUAAGUAGCGUUGCUGCAUCGUCUGCAUCUGCUGUGAGCAAAACGGUCCGGCAAACAGUGCAAAGCUCUCCCGGCUGUGGCGCCCACUGCCCCCCCGCCCCAGCGGCUCGCACCGCUUCUGUCCACACGGCUCCCGCGUCAACACCGGCGCCAGCGGCUGCGGGUGCGAGCGCCCUGCCGUGCCACCUGGCGGCGCAGGUGGCUGCGUUGGGGCGCGCUGUAGGCAGGGCGCCGGCCAUUGCGCCAACAGCCGCCGCCGGCAGCAGCCGUGUGUGCGGCGCGCCAGCCUCGGCCCCGAAGCCCCUACUCACGCCACGCGCACCCGCCGCAACCACCCCCACACACUCCGGGAGGGGGGCAGCAGCAGCAUUGGCAGCUAGAGCAGUGACGGCGGCCGCUGGUGGUAUGGAAGCUGCGGACGGGUCGGCCGCCGCCCCAGUAGUCCUGUUUGAGUACCCGGCCGCCGUGUGCGGCCGCCUGGUCCGCCGCUACAAGCGCUUCCUGGCCGACGUCGUGUUCGACGACACGCCGCCAGCACCCACUGCCGCCGCUGCUACAGCCGCCAUUGCUGCUACUGCCGCAGCUGCUGCAGCUAUUACAGCUGCUGCUGCCGGUGCCGCUGCGACAGCUGAUACUAAGCCGGGUCCUGCGCGCCGGGGCCCGCGGCGGGCGGCGCGGCCCGCGGCGGCCGCCGCAGCCGCACUCGACACGGAGGAGGCGGCAGUGGCGGCAUCCGGCGAGGCGGCAGGUGGCGGUAUUGAAGGCGGCGGCGGCGGAGGCGGCGGCGAGGGUGCGGCUGGGGGCGGCACGACCUGCCACUGCCCCAACACGGGGCCAAUGACGGGACUGCUGGACUGGACGCUGGCGCCUGUGGUGUGCAGCGUGUCUGGCGCCAAGGGGCGCAAGUACGCCCACACGCUAGAGAUGAUACAGUCGGCCCCCGGCGGCGCCUGGGUGGGCGUCCACAGCGCCGCCGCCAAUAGACUGGUGGAGGCACUGCUGCGCCAGGCGGUGGAGCCGCCGGCAGCAGCGGCGGCAGCAGCGGCGGCGGCGCCAGGGGCGGCGGCAGGAGUGGCGGCAGGGGCGGCGGCAGGGGCGGCGGCAGGGGCGGCGGCAGGGGCGGCGGCGGGCGGCAGCGGGCGGCGGCCGCUGCUGCCGCCGGAGCUGCUGGGCGGCGAGUGGAGCGAGGUGCAGCGCGAGGUCGCGUACGGCGCAAAUGGAUCCAGGGUGGACUUCGUGCUGACACGCCCCAACGGCCGGCGCGUGUAUGUGGAGGUCAAGAGCGUCACCCUGGCCGAGCCCUACUCCCCAUCCUCACCCGCCGCCGCUACUGCCGCCGCCACUGCUGUUACAGCCGCCGCGACCGCCGCGACCGCCAGUGCUGCUACAGCCGGCGCAGCAGCUACUGCUGCUGCUGCCACUCCUGCCGAGGGCUCUGUUGCUGUCGCUGUGGGGUCUGCUGCAGCGGCGCUGGCGCAAGGCAACAUAGCGCUGUUCCCAGACACGGUCAGCGAGCGGGCGCAGCGGCACAUGCGGGACCUUGUGGAGGUGGUGCAGGCGGGGCACGAGGCGGUGUGUGUGUUCGCCAUCCAGCGCGGCGACUGCGGCCGGUUCGCGCCGUGUGCCGCCAAGGACCCCGAGUACGCCCGCCUGGUUCGGCGGGCGGCUGCGGCCGGCGUGCGAAUGCUGGCAUUGCGAAUGAAGCUGCAGCCACCGGGGACGGACGUGGAGGCGGCAGAGGCGGAGGCGGGGCUGGAGGGGGGUGCCGGGGCGGGGGCGGCUGGGAGUGGCUCGUUGUCGGGGGCGACUGGCGGCAGCAGUGGCGGUCGGCCAGCCCGGGUCUUGUACCUCGGCCCCGCAGAGGUCGUGCUGGAUUACGGGGUGAGCGAGGCUGAUGUGAGUGAGGGGGGCGACGGGAAGGGCGGCAAGGCGGCAGGCGGCGGGAGGCGGGCAGCGAAGAGAGGGGCGGGGGCUGGGGGAGGGGGGCGCAAGAAAAAGACAGCGGUGUUGCCAGUCGAGUCCGAGGGCGAUGGACGCAAGCGCGUUCGGCGAAGGGGAAUUUGAGUUGCCAUUAGGUAUUCAUUUACCACUGUCAUGUGCGGGCGGUCUCGAGGCGCG